AUGAAGAACCAGCGAGCCAACCUUGCAGAUCCAGUACUACUAGAAAAGAUUGACAAGUUCUUUGAGCUUGGAAUCGGAGAAUACGUCGCGCUGCCCCAGUUACUUGUUGUGGGAGAUCAGUCCAGUGGGAAAAGCUCAGUACUUGAAGGACUGACUGGCCUACCCUAUCCGCGGGAUAGCGGACUCUGCACACGGUUCGUGACGCAGAUCACGUUUAGAAGAACUCCAGCAGCGAAGAUCGGGGUCUCUAUAAUUCCAGCUGAGAAUGCGUCGUCUGCAUACGCGGAGAAGCUUCGGUUGUGGCGCAAGGACGACCUCGUCUCACUAGGACUCCAGACUUUCGCAGACAUCCUGAAAGAGGUUCAGGAGCUCAUGGGGCUAGGACAGGCCGACAGUGGCGGCAACAAGAAGACCUUCGCCGAUGACGUUCUUAGGAUAGAAAUAUGCGGGCCUGAUCAGGAGCACUUAAGCGUGAUCGAUGUCCCCGGAAUAUUCAAGAAAUCCACACCAGGAGUGACAACGAAAGCUGAUAUGGUCAUGGUCCGCAACAUGUGA